AAAAAAAAAAAAAAUCUAUCUUCGCAUCUCAGAGCUUGUUUGGUUUUUUAUUCAACAAAGCAAUUGGUGUUCUUGGACUCCGAAAAAAAUAGAGAAAAAAGAGGGGAGAGAGAGUCUCCUCUACACCUUCCAAUCUCUCUCUCUCUCUCUCUCUCUCGUUGUUACGGGAUCUCGUCUCUUUGACGGGGGACACCCUAAUCGCCAUGGGCGUAGACGAGCUCUUCUCCUCCAUAGAUUGGGAGCGAGAAGCUUAUCCAGCGUACGAGGACUUCGUUUCCCUACCCUUCUUCGUCCUCUUCUUCCUCGCCAUUCGCUUCUUCCUCGAUAGAUACGUGUUCGAGAAGUUAGCGAGGAGACUUAUAAUUGGAAAGGGAAAUGAAAAGCUUAAUCUUGAAAUAGAUGAAAGGAGAAAAAAGAUCAAAAAGUUUAAGGAGUCAGCUUGGAAGUGUGUUUACUUCCUUUCUGGAGAACUGCUAGCUUUGUCAGUUACAUAUAACGAACCGUGGUUUACAAACACCAGAUAUUUUUGGGUUGGACCUGGAGAGCAGGUUUGGCCCGACCAAAAGAUUAAAUAUAAGCUCAAGGCUGUUUAUAUGUACGCUGCUGGAUUUUACACAUAUUCAAUCUUUGCUCUUAUGUUUUGGGAAACAAGGCGUUCAGACUUUGGAGUGUCGAUGGGUCAUCAUGUGGCAAGCGUGAUUCUGAUAGUGCUGUCUUACAUAUUCAGAUUUGCUCGUGUUGGUUCCGUUGUCCUAGCCAUUCAUGAUGCAAGUGAUGUGUUUUUAGAAAUGGGAAAGAUGGCUAAGUAUAGUGGUUGUGAAGCAGUUGCUUCCGUCUCAUUUCUUCUGUUUGUCGUCUCUUGGACUAUUCUUCGCCUUAUAUACUUUCCAUUCUGGAUUCUCAGAAGUACCAGCUACGAAGUCAUAUUGACUUUGGACAAGGAGAAGCAUAAGUUUGAAGGACCAAUAUACUAUUAUGUGUUCAACUCACUUCUGUUUUCGCUGCUCGUUCUCCACAUAUAUUGGUGGAUUUUAAUGUUCAGAAUGCUUGUAAAACAAAUCCAAUCGAGAGGCCGUGUUGGGGACGAUGUUAGAUCCGAUUCUGAAGAUGAAGGGGAACAUGAAGAUUGAUUUGGGAUCGCUUUCAACUCCAUUUUCUUUGCCCAGAUGGUGAUUUUGUGGUGUCGGUAGAUCGACCAAUUUUAUCAUCCUAAUUUAUUUAUUUAAUGCUAGUCACUAGAUGUAAGAUGUUUUGUCGGACAUUUGGAAAUGGAUUAGUCUUAUUCUUUUUUCUUCAGAUUAACACCCCGGCCACGACUCACUUUUAGGGUCUGAGGCCUUUGUAUCAUGUAAUUUUGAUGUUGAAUAAUCGCCUCUAGGGAAUGCUUGUAGCAUGACUUACCAGGCAUUGAUUCUGUUGGUUGUUCAGAUAUUGAAUUCAUGAAAAAUUAUUGGGUCGCAAUGUUAUUAACA